AUGAAGAUCCCAGCUUGCCAGAGACUCGUCGUCAGUGAGGGAAAACAUGUCCACAUCCUGGGCCCCGAUCUCACUGCAAACAAGAGCAGCAAGCUCUGCAGAUGGUUUCACAGGAAGACCGUCCAGACAGACGAGCAGGAAGCCCUGCUGAAACCAGCGCGUCCCACGCGUCCACAAACAACAGCAACCUUUGCAGAGCGCUAUGGCCGCUGUAAACGCAUCAUCCACUACGGAAAGACCUCCACGGUGAGACUGUACCGCAAAUCGCCAUCCCAAGUCUACGCCGUCAAAGUCUUCCGUCGUUCCUGCCGCAAUGUCGAUCCUCGUCGGAUUACGACCGCUCUCGAUCACCCGCACAUCGUCGAGACGAUCGACCUCGUCCGGAACAAUCGCGGCGAUCUGUGCCUCGUCAUGGAGUUCUGUGCAGGGGGUGACCUCCUUGCUUUGUUGAUGGCGUCCGACACAGGCAAGCUGGAGCGGGUGGAAGCCGACUGCUUCUUCAAGCAGCUGAUGCGAGGCGUGGACUAUCUUCACGAGAAUGGGAUUGCGCAUGGGAAUCUAACGUCGGAGAGUAUUCUGCUUACAGCGAACGGAUGCGUCAAGAUUGCCGAUUUCGAUGCGUCUCGCCUACCGCGAUAUCUCUCCUCUCCUUCGAGCUUGUCCUACAUCGCUCCUGAAGUGUAUACGCAUCGACGCGUAGACCUCAGGACGGGAGAUAUCUGGGCUUGCGGGAUCAUAUACCUGGCCAUGCGAACGGGAUACGUCUUCUGGAGCGUCGCCAGGGAGGGUGAUGCCCAGUACGACGAAUACGUUAAGCGGCGCGCGAAAGAGUCGUUCGGGCCGAUUGAGGCUCUGGAAGAGGUAUCUACUCUGUGCAUCGAUGGUGUCCUCGUAUCAGCAUUUGAUUACGAAUCUCGAAUCUGGAGUUGUUCCACUGCUUGUGGUGUUAGUGUUGGUGUUGGGGUUGGGAUUGCAGAUUGCACAAUCCUGGGUUAUUCUCAAGCAGAUUACCUCGUCGUUAUCUCGGUGAUGGGUUUCUUCUGUGGACUCCAGAUCGUGGCGUGUCAAUUAGAUAUAUACCAUACAGUGAAUUUGCCUAGUUAUUUAUGUUGUAAUACUAUACGCUUUCCCCGGUCAUGGUCUUGCUUCUUUGUUUCGUAUAUCAUUUGUUCUGUUCAUUCCUCGCUAUCUCGUCACGUCCCACGCUCGACUACUGGCAUGUCGUCCGACGACAUUCACCCCGUCAUUUCUGCUGGUGGUGGUGUCUAUUCAAGAAAGGAGCGGAAGACCUUCAGAACUCAAGCAACGAAAGUCUCUGAUGUCGAGACCGCAUCUGGAGAGACGAUUCUUGACGAGCGGGAUCUGAGGAAGAAGCAGGAGUUUAAAGGAUGGACUGUCGUCUGGCUCGCCUAUCAAUCCAUCGGCGUUAUUUACGGCGACAUCGGCACCAGUCCGCUCUACGUGUAUUCGUCGACCUUCAGCGCUCCGCCCAGUUAUGACGACCUGCUCGGCGCUUUGUCGCUCAUCAUCUACGCCCUGACUAUCAUGGUCGCCGUCAAGUAUGUUUUUAUCGUGCUGAAUGCUGACGAUGAAGGUGAAGGCGGGACUUUUGCGCUGUAUUCGCUGAUUUCGAGAUAUGCACACCUCGUCACUCGCCACCCUCGCGAAGAAGCCAUGACCCGCAUCGAGCGCCAUCGCACCGGCGACAUGCCUCGCCCUAACAGCCGUAUCCGAUCCAUGAUCGAGAACAGCUCCGCAAUGAAGUGGCUGUUCAAGGUGGUUGGAGCGUUUGGCGUGGCGCUGUUGCUGGCGGACGGCGUGCUCACUCCUGCUCAGUCCAUUCUCGGUGCUAUUCAAGGACAGAAUUUGGCACGCUACGAUGCGUCCGUCUUGAAGGCCUUCUCUCCCUACUUUGCAGGAAACUAUCUUGUCCGCAAUGGCAGGGAUGGCUGGCUGUCUAUCGGCGGCAUUCUUCUCGCCUUUACCGGGGUGGAAACGCUGUUUGCUGAUCUGGGGGCGUUUAGCAAGAGGUUAUACAACAACUCCGAUAACUCUACUCUUUCUGGAGUGUAUGCUGACUGCAACAGAGCGAUUCAGUUGUCGUGGCUUUGCUUUGCGUAUCCGUGUUUGUUACUAGCGUAUAUCGGCCAAGCAGCGUACAUCAGUCGCGUGCCGACUGCCUACGCUAAACCCUUCUAUCUGACCGUUCCACCCAGCAUGUUUUAUCCCAGCUUGGUCGUGGCCAUUCUUACUUGCAUCGUGGCCAGCCAAGCGGUCAUCACUGGUUCUUUCCAGUAUCUAGCUUCUAUCUCAAAUCACGAAAUUGUCCUACUUCCCCCAAAUCGAAUUGGUCCAUACGCCCAAGAUAGUGCACCAUUAGGUACCACCAAACUCGGCGAGGCAUAUGGGUCUUGCGUCAUCUUGGUCUCGUUUCUCACUACAUGCAUGGUGACAGUUGUCGCAAUCAUUGUCUGGCGCUUUCCCAUCUAUCUCGUCUUGCCGGUGUUUGUCGUAUUCGCUCUCUGGGAUGGAGUGUUCUUGUCCGCGGCUCUGAACAAGGUGCCUUACGGCGCAUGGUUCACCCUCGCGGUGGCUGUCGUGCUGUGCAGCAUUUUCAUUCUCUGUCGCUUCGGCAAGGAACAGCAGUGGAAGUGCGAGGCAAUGGACACUGUGCCGCUCUCUCAAACGCUGCAGCUGGAAGAGGCCGACCUGCGCCUGCAUCCUACCUUUGGCGGCUCCAACAUCCUCCCGCUCAAAGGCCUGGGCAUCUUCUUCGACAAGGCCGGCAACCCGGCCGCCACUCCGCUGGUGUUCCUCUAUUUCCUGCAACGCUUCACCGCCAUGCCCCAAGUGACUGUAUUCUUCCAUCUGCGCCCGCUGGGGGUGCCUACCGUUGCACCAGAUGAGCGAUUCACCGUCACCCGCUGCUACGCAGCUGGGACAGACGGCGUCAAGCGAGCAGUACCCAACUGCUACCGCAUCAUCGUCCGCCACGGCUACACAGACGAGGUAGUGGCGCCAGACCUGGGCUGGUUAGUCCUCGACCACAUCCAGCGGUACCUUCAGGACGAAGAAGAACCACAAGAAGAAGAGACAUCUACAUCCGACAGUGGCUCCAAUUCCAACCCUCUAUCUGUGCUCCAACAAGCCUACUUCGAACAGGUCAUCUACAUCGUCGGCAAGGAGCAGCUGCGAAUCCGCAUCAAUCCCAAGACGAACGCCCUGCGCCGGCUCGUUCUGGGACUCUUUCUCUGGCUAAGGGAGAACACGCGCUCGAAGGUGCAGCAUCUAAAUGUGGAUGUGGAGAGGUUGGUUGAGGUGGGAUUUGUGAGGGAUAUAUAG